UGAGAAAAGUGUUGCAAAGUGGUCCACAGCCUCACCAGAGCGAGCAAGAACGUUACAGAAUCUGAAUAGUCCUGCAACAUCCGCGGGUCUGUCAUAUCAAUUGGAGUCCAGGGAGAAAGAGGACUUUGCUGUGGGUUUUCUCGUGCCAGGAUAGAGGGGUGUAUUUCACCAUUUUUAAAUCUCUGAAUAAUCAAAGAUAACUAUGUCAAAGAAUUUCAAAAGUGGACCAUCCUUCGGACUUUCUGCCGAGGUCAAAAGUAAGUUGGCCCAGAAGUAUGACCCCCAGAAGGAGGAGGAGCUGAGGCUGUGGAUCCAGGACGUAACAGGCAAGAAGAUCGCUGAUCCUUUCAUGGAGAACCUGAAGGAUGGGGUCAUCUUGUGCGAACUUAUCAACACACUUCAGCCAGGAUCUGUGAGAAAGAUUAACACUUCCCCUCAAAACUGGCAUCAGCUGGAAAACAUUGGCAAUUUUGUCCGAGCCAUCACAGUUUAUGGUAUGAAACCAUACGAUCUGUUUGAGGCCAACGACCUGUUUGAGAAUACCAACUACACCCAGGUCCAGAGCACGCUCAUCACCCUGGCUGGAAUUGCCCAGUCCAAAGGUUUCCACUCCAAGCAUGACAUGGGAGUGAAGUAUGCAACAGCACACCAGCGCCGUUUCGCCCCAGACAUGCUGAAGGAAGGGCGCAAUGUCAUCGGCCUGCAGAUGGGUACCAACAAACUUGCCAGCCAGAAGGGCAUGACAUCUUAUGGCACGCGGCGUCACCUGUACGACCCGAGGGGGGGAAUGGAGAACCCUUUGGACCAGUCCACCAUCAGCCUCCAGAUGGGCACCAAUAAGGGUGCCAACCAGUCUGGCAUGACGGCCCCUGGCACCAGGAGACACAUCUAUGACAAGAGUCUGGGCUUGGAGGAAUGCGACACCUCCACCGUCUCACUGCAGAUGGGCACCAACAAGAUGGCGUCCCAACAGGGCAUGACCACAUACGGCCUCCCUCGGCAGGUCUACGACAACAAGUACUGCUCCAACCCUGAUGAAUUCGUCAACAACGGAGAGAGGGCUGAGUUUGACGGUACUAUGUACUAUGACUAAAGAGAACAGAAUAACCCCAGUCCCCUCCUCUCAAGAACCCCUCUCCACCAGCAAGACCACCCAAACUGUUAUUUACUGUUUUCAUUAUUCUCAUCCCUUGCUGUUUUUUUUGUGAUCAACCAUUCAAAUAAUUUUUGUCCUUUGAGGGGAUUUAUGCCUGGUUCAAUCUCUUUGACCUUGUUAUUUUAAAUCACUUUAAUGUAGUGGCCCACACCCCUCUCUCCCUUUGCAAUGGAGAUUUUUCUAUUCAAAUACGAUGAAAAUAAAUACUAAGAAAUACUAA